AACGAGCUACUGGAGCGUAUGCUAGCAGUCGUGAGGGAACAUAUUGUGGAGGAGGUAGCCAUCCAAGCCACCCACGGACGUUUCUACACAGACACAGCAGGUGCUUGUACUGAGGUACAUCGAUAGCAACCAUAAAGUGCAGGAACGCUUUUUUGAGAUUCUUCCCAUCUCGGAAUCAACCUCAAUCUCAAUUGCCAGUGUGCUUUUGGAGAGACUGAACGGUAUUUUUGCCGACGACAAAAAAGUUAAACUCAUUGCGCAAGCUUACGAUGGAGCCGGUGUGAUGAGGGGAGAGAAGGCUGGAGUGCAGCAAAAGGUGCGUGAGCAUUUUAAGAAUGCCCAUUAUGUGCAUUGCUAUGCGCAUCAGCUGAAUUUGAUCAUGCAGUAAGCUACUUCUCGCAUCAAAAAAGUUAAUAUUUUCUUUUCCUAUCUGAGCAGGAUUGCAACUUUUUUUUCCCGGUCACCCAAACGGACCAGCAUUCUUGACCAGACUGUUGCACUAAGACUGCCCAGAACUUCAUCCACAUGGUGGAACUUCAACAGCAGAGUCGUGAACACUGUCUACGAGAAUCGAGAUGUUUUGAAGCCAUCAGGACGGGUUCAUUGGGUUCAUUUGACCAGCCCACCGUGAGAGAGGCAUCUGGCUACGUGAGGAUGCUACAUGAUGAAGAUUUCAUUUUUUUCCUGUGGCUUUUUCACAAAAUCAUGCACCACGUCGAUACUCUGUAUCAGAAGCUCCAGAAGAAGGACAUCGAUGCUGUCUUCAUCAAACGUGCCCUCGACAGCUUUACAAACAGUGUGCAGGCCAUAAGGGACUGCUCUCAACAGCAGUUGCAAGUAGCAACAGGAGCCAAAAGACCCAGAAUGGCUUUGAGAGAAGAGGAGAAGCAGAGGCUGUCUGAAGAUGUCUGCUACACCAUCCUGGAUCACACCAAAGCAAGGUUCUCUUUCACUGGCCACCUUGUGAGUGCUACCUUACUGCUAGCAGAUAUGUUUGAAAGGUACUGCCAUUCAUUUCCUGAUGAGGCUCUGAAUGCCACUGUGAAUGCAUACACCAUGCUGAACAAGGCAAAACUCAAGACAGAACUCUCUCUGAUCUAUGAGAAUCCUGAAUUCAAGGGCUGCUGUGGUGCACUGGCACUGUACCAGGUUCUCAUGAUCUACAACCACCAGGAGACAUUCUCUGAGACAUUGACUCUGUUGAACAUCCUCAUAACUACUCCCAUGACAACAGCUGUGAGGCUGAGAGAUGUUUCUUAACUUUGACACGAGUUAAGACAUUCCUGCGAAAUUCAAUGGGCCAGGAACGUCUGAAUGCACGCCAUGCUUUCCAUGGAGAGGGAACUCGUCCUCAACAUGCCUGAUUUCAAUGAGAAAGUAAUUGACCGCUUUGCUGCAUUGAAAGAGAGAAGAGCACAGUUUCAGUACAAAUAAUGUAGCCUCUCUCUCUCUCUCUCUCUCUCUCUCUCUGUCUGUCUCUUUAACACACACACACCAAAUCAGUUCACAGUUGAUGUUGUUUUAAAUAGUUAUUUUUCAUUCAUUCAAAAAAAAGUUAAAGAAAAUCUGUUCAUUUUUACAAAUCUAUACAAAUGGCCAGAAUAUGGUUGUUCAUAUUUACAAAGCCAAAUAGCUGUGUUUACCUUUCUAGAAAUUAUUUUCAAAUGCUGUUUUCAGGCAAAAUGUCUAUCACUGUUCAUGUACAUUUUCACAAAUCUAUUCAAGAGGGCAGAAGUUACAUUGCUUUUAUUAAGUAGCAAUUUGGUGAUAUCCUACAUUCCAAAAAAUGUAGUUCUAACGAUCCACUUCUCUCAACAAUUUGUCUACUUGUAUUUUAAGCUGAUAUUUUAUUUGUUUAUGGAAAUGCAGAUUGUUUAUGCAGUGUUGAGGAAUGUGAAAG